GGAUUGGCCAGGGCGGCUUUCGCUCCUCUGGUGGGCGGAGCUGCGGGCCACACAGCAGACCCCGAAGUGGAGCGCUGGGAGCCGUCCGUUGGCAGCCGAGUGUUGCUCCACAUGGGGGAGGCCGGGGCUGGCACUGGCGCGCCGGGAGGGCCGGAGGCAAGCCCGGAGGCGGAGGUGGUGAAGCUGCUGCCCUUCCUGGCGCCGGGCGCGCGGGCGGACCUGCAGGCGGCCGCAGUGCGGCACGUGCUGGCGUUGACCGGCUCCGGGCCCGGCCGCGCGCUGCUGGCGGGACAGGAGGCGCUGCUGCAGGCUCUGGUGGAGCUGGCGCCGGCCUCUGCCCCGGCCCGCGACGCCGCCCGCGCGCUCGUGAACUUGGCCGCCGACCCCGGCCUGCACGAGACGUUGCUGGCGGCCGAUCCCGGGCUGCCAGCGCGCCUGCUGGGCCGCGCGUUGGACCCGCAGUGGCCCUGGGCCGAGGAGGCGGCCGCCGCGCUGGCCAACCUCAGUCGCGAGCCGGGUCCGUGUGCCGAGCUGAUGGCUGCGCUGGCGGCCGCGGAGCCGGCAGACUCGGGCUUGGAGCGGCUGGUGCGGGCGCUGUGCACGCCCGGCUACAACGCCCGCGCGCCCCUGCACUACCUGGCGCCGCUGCUCUCCAACGUCAGCCAACUGCCUGCGGCGAGGGCCUUCCUACUGGACCCCGACAGGUGCGUGGUCCAGCGGCUGCUGCCCCUUACCCAGUACCCCGAUUCCUCUGUACGCAGGGGCGGGGUGGUGGGAACGCUGCGGAAUUGCUGCUUCGAGCACCGACAUCACGAGUGGUUGCUUGGACCUGAGGUGGACAUUCUCCCCUUUUUGCUCCUGCCCUUGGCUGGGCCUGAGGAUUUCUCCGAGGAAGAGAUGGAACGGCUGCCUGUGGACUUACAGUACCUGCCACCAGACAAGCAGCGAGAACCUGAUGCAGACAUCCGCAAGAUGCUUGUUGAAGCCAUCAUGCUGCUGACAGCCACAGCACCAGGUCGGCAGCAGGUGCGGGACCAGGGAGCCUACCUGAUCCUUCGAGAGCUGCACAGCUGGGAGCCAGAGCCCGAUGUUCGGGCGGCUUGUGAGAAGCUCAUCCAGGUGCUAAUUGGGGAUGAGCCUGAACGUGGCAUGGAAAACCUGCUGGAGGUGCAGGUGCCUGAGGAUGUGGAGCAGCAGCUGCAGCAGCUGGAUUGCCGGGAGCAGGAGCAGUUGGAGCGGGAGCAGGAGCGGGAGCUGGAGCUGGCCCCAGAGCCAUGGGUGGAGAGGGCCACACCCACCUGAGGCCCCUGCAGCCGGACACAAGCUCCAGGGUCCCCUUUGCCAGGCUUUCUCAGACCAGGCUUUCCUGCAGCUGCCUACAGGCCCCUUGAGUCCCCUUGCUCAGAGACUGUGCCCUGCUGAGAAGCAGAGCUACACUUAGGCUCCAGUAAGAAUUGGAGGCACUUCCCAGCCCUGUGCAGUGUUGCUACCAGCAAGAAUGAAGGUUGCGCACAGCAGUACUGUGGGCCAGGCACCGUGACUCUGCUGCCUGUGCAGAAGGUGGAGGUGGCAGGCGGAUAGCCAGGGAGCCAUGAGACCCUCUCAGCUCCCUGUUCCCUCUCAGCUCCCUGUUCCCUGAGACCUGGCCUCAAAGGGCUGACCCAGCCAUACCUAGAUCCUGGGGUCUUUCUAGGACUGUGCCUCCCUGCUUGACCUGUGCUCCAGGACCCUGCCCUCAACCCUGUCAACUCCCUAUGUCUUCCUGUUUCCCAGUCUCAGAUUGGGUGGGUGCUCUCACUGGCCUCUCUAGCUAGGCCAUCUCCCUGGUCAGCUUCCUUGAGCCUGGGCCACUCCUCCCUGGCCUUCCUACCUCUGCCAAGAGCCUCCAGAUGUGCCUGCAGCCUGGCCCCUGUCCAAGCCUCUCCCCCAGCCACCCUCUGCCCCUGUGGUAGAGCCCACUAUGGGCUCAGGGAUCUUACCUGCUUCUCCCUUGGACCUGUGUGCAUCCCCCCACCUGCCAGGUCUGUGGCUGCUAAGCCCCACAGGGGCUUGCCACACUCUUCCCUUCCUGAGCCGAUCUGACCUCACUGCCACCUCUUGCAUUGGGCUCCUGAGGGCUGGCCCCUUCUCACUGAUGGGCCCUCCCAGGCCCCUUGAACCCUGGUGAAGGAGCUUAACUUGUUUUUUUGAGUGUUCACAAUGCCUCACUCCACACCCUAAAACUGGAGGCUCGGGUGCCAGGCGUCUCCUGCCUCCAGGAUCUCCUCUCACCUGCCCCCAAUAAAGCUCUGCCACUCAUGCA